AUUGCUUUCUACUGGCACUACUUAACCUUACUUUUUCGUUUCGGUAUUAAAAAAAAAAUAAUUCUCCCGUUCCACUUAAGUGUUGCGUGUAAUCGUGCAAGCACAAUCACACGAGAGAAAUAUAAAUUUGGGGUAUUAAAAAUAUUUAUUCAACGUUCUUUAUUUAUUUGCUGGCCGCACAACGGGUCCACUUUUCGCGGAAAGCGGAUUUACCGGGAGUCGGCUGUCUCUAUUGUUACCUUGUUGACAUGUAAACGUUGGCUUAGAUUGAGAUUCAAGUAAAAUAUCGACAAGAAAAUUGAGGCAGAUGGGAAAAAGCAGGUUGCCGUGUUUCGUAAGAAAUAGUUAUUCAUAGGGCAAGAGAAAGAAAAGGUACAAAAUCAGAUUCUACCGCAUUACAUAUAGCGCGACAAUUCCGGGCGUUUCUCUGUAAUCGUGGAGCAAACGAAUUGAAAUGUAAUCAACUACGGUUAAAUUAGAACAUUUGGAAGCGGCGAUAAAACUGAAGAAACGAACUUCUUGUUUACACAAAUCUCAGAUUACAUUUGUGUUAAGUAUUUGCUACCUCGGCUCUAAAUGUUACUGGUGUACAUAGCGACGAAUCCAAAGGUUUCAGUAGAAAUGGCAAAGUCUCUGGCUAUACCUUUGUGGAAAUUAGCUGCUGCCAAUAAACCGUACGUAGUGCUUACUGCUUUGAAUGGUGCAACAGCUGUGUAUCUGGGUGCCAUUGGAUUUCAUAGAAAUUACCCCAAGGGCGAAGUAGGGCAAGAGCAGCGUCGAAUCUUCGAAAUUGCGAAUCAAUAUCACUUCAUACAUACCUUAGCUCUGUUAGGACUACCAUUGUGCAGAACCCCAUUCUUGGCUGCUACAUUUAUGCUUUCCGGGAUUCUAUUGUUUUGUGGUAGUGGCUACUAUAUCGCAUUUACGAGCGAUCGACGAUUCAGGAGAACAACGCCGAUUGGUGGCUUUUGUUUUAUAUUAGGAUGGUGCAGCAUGUGUCUUUAAAAAAUGUGUCAGUAAGAAGGAAAAGAUAUCUGUUAGCAUAUUGAGGGCCCAACUACAGUUGUAGAUUACCAUUUCCGACCAGUGUUUACAACAGUUGUUGAGAGCAAUUUUGGAAAUGGUUGUGUUAUAAUUAUUUAAAUAGUUAUACAAAUGUAUGUUUCUAAUUGUCUUGAAUAUUUUGUAGAAAAUAAUAAUACGUCUGUGUAAUUCUCAA